UCGCUGCUGAUCGCCUUCUCCUCGUUCCUUACCACCGUCGUCGUCGUCAUCGUCAUCGUCCGAGUCGAGGUUCCGUUUUGGAAUUCUCAAGCUUCAAAGAUGCUUUGCCAAGCAUUACAACAACUAAUAUGGAUCAAGGGUGUCAGACUCUCAUUACUCAAUAUAGGAAGGACAUCCCUGAAAGACUCUUCUUAAAUUCUGUUGGAGUAAUAGCUAACAAAGAUGAAUCAGUUGCUCAAAACACACUCUCCAACACAUGUGAUAACAGGAACACUGUAAUACACAAAAUUGAAAAUGCUGAAACAUCAGAUAAAUCUUCAUCGCGGGCCACAGGGAGCAAUGAUGUUUUGAUAACUCCAGGAAGCAUAGUAUGGGCUAAAACUGCAAAUCGAAUAUGGUGGCCUGCUGAAGUCAUGGGAGAAAGAUCGUCUGUAACUUGCAUGAAUAGUCAAGAUGUUAAUGGAUACAUUUUAGUGCAAUAUUGUGGGAGCCAUGAAUGUGCUUGGGUUAAUCCAGCUGAAGAUCUUUCAGAGUUUGAGGAUUGCUUUGAGGAAAAGAGCUGCAAUCCCAUGGAAUCAUUUCAGGAUGCUCUUAAGCAAGCCUUGCACAGAAAGGAAAACACAAGCUCGUGUAGAGUGUUGGAUGAAAGCCCUGAUGUUCAACUUGACCAGUCAUCAGAAAAAUGGAAUGCAUCGAGUUCAAGCAGAACAGAGGGUGAGUACCUAGAAAGAGGGAGGGGUAAAAGGAAACGAAAGCCAAAAGUUCAUUUUGAUGUAACAUUUCCAAUGAAGUCAGUGAAGAAGCUACGGCGGUUCAGGAUAAUGCGGUAUCUGGGCCUUACAGCUCCAGUUGGAUCUCCUUUCUCACUUACUUCUCAUGUAAGAACUAUCAUGUAGAAUUCUUGAUAUCUAAUUUCCUUACCUUUCCUAAGUUUAUUGUGGUGGUCCUAAUACUAUCUGAGAUAAGGUUAUCGAGUGUAUCCGGUUGUUUUCACUGUGAAGAAGGAUUUACCAUAUUAAUAAAUAGAAGUAUAUCUUUGUGAUUA